AUGCCACAACAGCUGAUUCAUGAAGUAACUUAUAUUUGCAUAUUGAAUGCAUGUUCACACUCUGGUCUUGUUGAUGAAGCUCUCUCAAUUAUUCAAAAGAUUCCAGUGAAAACAGCAGCAGUCUGGACAACUAUGCAUUGUUAUCAGGUGCAAGAAACGACAAGAACGCUCAAUCUCCUCCUCGAUCAGAUGAAAUUUAUCGUGAAGUGCGAGAAAAUGUCCGAGGAAUUAGUUGCACACGGUCAUGAAUAUGAUUCGAAUCGGAUAAUGCGACCAAUGACUGAAGAUGGAAGUGUCGAAUCGAUUCUCUGUGGUUACAGUGAACGAAUUCAAAUCCCGGAGAACUUGAGAAUGUAUGACAAUUGUCAUCGAGGAACGAAAUUGAUAGUUGUGAAUCGAAUCCAUCACUUCCACAAAAAAGGUCAAUGCUCAUAUACGAAUAAGUUUUGCUCGGUCUUACUGGACAUUGGACGUGGUAUGAAGAAAAGGAUGAGAAAAGAAAAAGAUGAAGAAACAAAUAUCUUUGAAUCAAAAACUGCAAAGCAUUUUCCAAUGACUACAACUACAACAUCAGAUCAACAAUCAGAAAUGACCGAUGAAAAUCUUGCUAUCACAUCCGAUGAACAACUUUCGCAGAUAAUCGACUCAAUUAAUCUUUCAACUGCCUGUGAAGAUUCAACAAAUGAUGAUUCACAAGUUCAACUAUCGACAGCAGCUACUCGAACGUCAGGGCAAACAGCUAUUGGUGCUAAGCUCGUUAAAAAACUCGAAACACUAGCUGCAACUUCAAAAGAAAACAGCGAUAAAAGUUCAUCACCGACAGCAACGGGCAACGAUGCAUCUUCAUUGAUAAUGAAUGAUCCAGAAUCACGUCGAAAUAUCACUAAACUUGCCAAAAGUAUUAUGAAAGGUUUAACAGAUUCAGAUACAGAAAAAAAUCUCUUGACAUUGGCGACAAAAGUCGCUGAAUUACAGGAGCAACAACGAACGUUACUGACGAAAAGUAAUGAACUAGAAAAACGUACCACAACAUACACACGUGAACGGGAUCAUAUUUCACUUGAAAACAGUCGAAUAAUAGCUGCGAAAACGAAAUUAGAAAGUCUCUGUCGUGAACUCCAUAAGCAUAAUCAACAAAUACGCGAAGAAAGUGCACAACAGCAACGUGAAGAUGAAGCAAAACGUCGCGAGUUAGCAACAAAAUUCCAAACAACAAUUGAUGAAAUUGCUGCUCAACUCAAUGAUUAUAGCGAGAAAUCGGCCGCAUUACGUGAACAAAAUAUUCAGUUAUCUGAACAACUACCCAAUGUUGUGAAAAACUACGAAUUACGUCAAAAGGAACUGGAAACUGCGCUGAAGAAACGAGAGUUAGAAUUACGUUUAACCGAAGCAACGUUAGAACAAAGUAAUACUUUAUUGAACGAACGAAACGAAUUAGUCAAACAAGAAAAACAAGUGAGCGAAGCGGAACGAUUAUUGCUAAAUAAGAAAUGCGAAGAAUUGGCCGAAUCGGAAAAAACACUACGUGUUCAAGUUCAAGAAUAUUCCGAUCGAUAUAAAGAAUUUCAAGGUGCGAUUCAAUCAAGUAGCCAAAAAGUUAGCUCAUGCCAUGGCGAAAUUGAGAAAAUGGGAAAGAAAAUCAAGAAGUUAGAAAAAGAACGAGGCGAUUUUCAACGCCGAUGGGAAAUUUCUGAACAAAAUCAGAAAAAAGCAUCCGAAGAUUAUCGACUUUUGGAAAAGGAAAAACGACAAAUCGAUACAAAACUUGAAAAAUUUGAUAAACUAAGUCGAGCUUUACAACAAGAACGAACUGAGCUACAAACAACAAUUAAAAAUCUAUCCAAAUCAUCAAAUGACGGUGAUCAGUCGACUGUCGUUGCCGAUUCAUCAGAAAAGGUUUCCAAUGGACAUCAUGAAUCAAAAACUGAUUCAGUGACACCAAUAAGUACAGUUACAGAUGAAAAUACUCCGAAUGCUGAGCCAGCCAAUCUCUAUGAUAGUGAAUUAGGUCGUAUUGCGAACACAGUUGAUUAA